GGGAGCUAUAUAUACUGGACGUUUGGUAUAUGAUGUAUCAGACGUUGCCUUAUGCUGUUACAUUCCAACGAACGAAAAGAAAAUAUACCAGGAAUACAAAGAUGUGUCCUUCAACUGUUACUGUUACAACAACCCUUGUUGUGAUGUCUUUUUUGGUUCUGUGUCCCGCGAACGCAUUCUCCUUCAGCGACUGUAUGCGUAAUGGCCAAUACAACUCUGACAAUGUCAUUCAUGUACACGAAGCUCAAAUACAUCCGUCCACUGUUGUCGCCCCGGGUACCUUGUGGGUGAACAUAGACUUUGAGAUUCUCCGCAAUGUCCCCAGAGAUCUCGAGCUGUCCGUGACUGUCCAGAAGAAAGUGUGGUUGUUCUGGAUUGUAGGACACCGGAGUACUCACAGUUUGUGUGAUGUUUUGAACACGGCAUUCUUGGAAGCAGACGGAACAACUGCAUGCCCAUCCCAAUUGGCGAAUGCCGGGAUACCAUGUAGAUGUCCUUUCCGCCGGGGUCGAUAUAACCUCCCAUGGACCACUUUCGACGUCACAAAGCCAGAUGAUAUUCCAUAUGGGAAUUACUGGGUUACGGCACGUUUAAGAGACCCAAACACAGGCGAGUUGAAGGGCUGCCACGAAGUGGGAGUUCACCUCGCGCGGUAUUGAGAUGCUCUUACCGAUUUGAGAUGAAAUUCGACAUGUUACCACGUGACUGUACACUAACAUGUUUUUUCAUGUAUUACAAUAAAUGAAUCGAAUUCGA